UGAAAGGCGAGGAGGAGGGAGAGGAGCAGGAGACUGACGAUCUGAUUCACACCACAGGAGAAAGACCAGAUUCUAACACUGACAGCAGGAAGAGUCCCUCAGUGGAACCAGACCCAGGGAUGCCCAAACCAGCAAGACGACACCCCUGCUCCCACUGUGGAAAGAGUUUUACUACAUUAGAACACCUGAAAGUACAUAAAAGAAUAAUACACUUGGGAGAAAAGCCAUACCACUGUUCAGACUGUGGUAAGGAAUUUAGCCGGUUAGAUGGCCUGAAACAACAUGAGAGAAUACACUCUGGAGAGAGGCCUCACCACUGCUCUCAGUGUGGAAAGAGUUUUAGCUGGUUAGGGAGCCUAAAAAUACACGAGAAAACACAUACAGGGGAGAAGCCUUACCACUGCUCUCAGUGUGGAAAGAGAUUUUCCCAGUUAGGGCAUCUAAAAGGGCAUAAGAGAACGCACACCGGAGAGAAGCCUUACCACUGCUCCCAGUGUGGGAAGAGAUUUACCCAGUUAGGCAACCUAAAAAAUCAUGAGCUAAUACACUCUGUAUAUAAGCCUUACCACUGCUCUCAGUGUGAACAUACAUUUUUCUCAUUAGAUUCUCUGAGAAAACAUGAGAUAACACACUCUGAUGAGAAACCUUUCCAUUGUUCCCAGUGUGGCAAGAAUUUUUUUACAUUAGGGUCCCUGAAGGAACAUGAGCGAACACACACAGCAGAGAAACCUUACCAUUGUUCUAAGUGUGUAAAGACUUUUUCCUCAUCAAAAUACCUUAAAGAACAUAAAAGAAUACACUCUGGAGUGAAACCUUACCACUGCCCCCAGUGUGAAAAAAGUUUUGCCCGACCGAGGGACCUGAAAUAUCACGAGAGGACACACACAGGAGAGAAGCCUUACCGCUGCUCUCAGUGUGGAAAGACAUUUUUUUUAUCAGGACAUCUGAAAAGACAUGAGCUAACACACUCUGUUGAGAAGCCUUUCCACUGCUUCCAGUGUGGGAAGGAUUUCACCCAGUCAAGAUACCUGAAAAAACAUGAGCUAACACACUCUGUAGAGAAGCCUUUCCACUGUUCUCGAUGUGAAAAGAGUUUUAAGAAUUUAUGGAACAUGAAAGUGCACGAGCAAAGACACACAGAGGAGAAGCCUCCCACUGUGGGAUGAAAUGUACAUGGUUUCAUCAACCGAAAGAGCAUGAAUGAAUCUCUCACUCCGGAGAGAGAUGUCCGAAGCCAUUAUUUAUACUGUGUAAUUUAAUCAUUUUUUACAUUUGUGUACCUUUUACCAUCCAUAUGAAUUCGAACCUGUCUAUGCAUACAGGAAACGAUUAUUUCCUUCACCACCGUUCAAAACGGAACUGUGUGGACAAACCUGGACGUUCUUUAAAAGAACGUUGGUCAUUUUUAGAAUGUUGGGACAUGGUUUGAAUGUUUAUCAGGAAACACACAAAAGUGCUCCCUGUUGGCUGAUAUCUUUGACUGAGAACGGGUUUGUCAUUAUGCCACAUUAAUAAAAUAAAGAUGGCUCUUCUAAAAGCCUACUUCACACCAUAAA